UGCGUUUGAAAGAUGAGCGGUCGAGAGGACGAGCGGGCAAAGGCGAUUAGGGGGCGGCAAGAGAGAAGAACUCGUCGCGGCUGUGUCGAUCGACAGUAGCUCGAAGGCAGCUCGAGAGAGAGAAUGACUCGUCGCGAGUGUCGUCUCAGCGUCUCGUGGUCAGCCCUUACGCUGGCCCUGGUGCUGGUCCUGUUCGGGCCCUUCAACGCGGCCCUCAACAAGAACGAUCUGUAUCCUUACGCGACGCCUGGAUCCUUCAUCCUGCAGACGGACGUGAACGGGAUGCUCCUCUCCGCGGAGACCAUUCUGAAGACACCCAUCGCGUUCUACGACAAGAUCUUCGACUCCAUAUUCGUGAACGGAAAUGGCGUGCUCUCUUUCGCCAGGGCCAUGCAAAGGUUCUUCAAUAUCGCGUUUCCUCUGGACGAUCCGGUUAUCGCGCCGCUGUACACGCACGUCGACACCAGAGCCUCCGGAAGGGUGUACUACGGCGAAACGGACGCGCCGGAAGUGCUCGCCAGAGCCGGAGGAAUGGUCCGCAGCGCUUUCAGGGACGCCGGGGACUUCGUGCCGACCCACGUGUUCCUCGCCACCUGGGUGGACGUUGGGUACUACAACGGGAAAAGCGACAAGGUGAACACGUAUCAGGUAGCCAUCUCGUCGAACGGCACGCAUUCCUACGUGGAAUUAUUGUACCCGGAAAACGGUAUACAAUGGAUUCAAGGCGAGUCGCACCCCAACGGUCUGCCGGACGCGAAGGCACAGGCAGGAUUAAUGAGCGAAGGAAGAAUAUACACGCUGAGGGGAUCCGGCACGGAUCAGAUCCAGAACGUCGACAAGUGGUCGAACGUGAACCGACCUGGACAGUGGCUGUUCCAAGUCGGACCGAUCUCUGACGAGGAGGACGUGAUCACGCCCGACAACAUCGAAGAUAGCAGCGUAACGAACCAGGUAGCCAACUGCAGGACAGGAGCGACGACAUGCCACAGCAAGGCGACGUGUGUCGACUACGAGGUGGGCUUCUGUUGCCAUUGCAAGCAAGGAUUCUUCGGCAACGGGAAAUCCUGCCAGCCGAACGAUAUACCGUUGCGCGUGAAUGGACGCGUUUCCGGUACCAUCAACGGCGUGGAGUUCCCCCCGAAGGAUCUUCAGUGUUACGUGCAAACGGAGGACGGUAGGACGUACACGGCUCUGUCGAGAGUGCCCGAAGAAAUUGGCGCCAGCUUCCAGUUGCUAGGAAAUUUAGGAGGAGUGAUCGGUUGGCUGUUCGCGAAACCGAUCGGUGAGACGAAAAAUGGCUACGAGAUCACGGGGGGAUUAUUCAAUCACACGACGGAGUUGACGUUCACGUCGACGGGCGAGAAGCUGACGAUACAAAGCAAUUACCUCGGGCUGGACGUCUUCGGGCAACUGAAGAUGGAGGCGAAGAUCAAAGGUACGUUGCCGCAGUUGACGAGGGACACCAGAGUCGUCUACUGCGACUACGACGAACUUUACACCAGAGCGCAAGCCGGUGUGAUCCGCGCACAGAGCGAGAGAACUUGCGAACUGAACGAAGCUGGCACGGAGCGGAAGCUCAGUUUCACACAAGACCAAACGAUCAUUUAUAACGAAUGCCCGUACCUCGCCGUCGAGCCCGAGGACGACACGACCAGAUUGAAGUUCUUCAGGGGUGUUACCACUUACGAAGCGGUCGAAGGAAUUAUACGUUUCGCGGUGAACACGAAAGUUACGCCCCUCAAGGAAGAGGACCCCUGCAUCCAGGGAAGGGAGACCUGCAGCGUUCACAGUUCCUGCAUCGUCGAUGGGGACAGCUUCAAGUGCGUCUGUAAUCCCGGUUAUCAGUAUUUGUACGAGGAAGACGGUAGCGCCGUCUGCGUGGACGUGAACGAAUGCACGGCCGGAAACCACAUGUGCUCGCCGAACGCGCAGUGCAUUAAUCAGGAAGGUAGCCACAUGUGCCAGUGCAGGCACGGAUUCUCCGGAGACGGUCGAACCUGCGAGAAGCUUCCAUCGUGCGAGGAUACGAGAUGCGGCAACUACGAGCAAUGCCUAAUGAUCGAAGGGGUGCCCAAUUGCAUCUGCAUGCCGGGAUUCGAGGAGACCGAGCAGGGUUGCUACCCCAUAUCCGAGCAGGGUUCCUGCAACGUGGAGGAUAACUGCUCUCCCAAUGGUAUCUGCAAUUUCGACGCGGAGAGGCAGAGGCACGUGUGCAUCUGUCUGCCAGGUUUCAUUGGCGACGGCUACACGUGUUACCCGGAUGCGGACGUAACCACAACGGACGAACCGCCGAAACCGCAGUGCGUGGAGGAGAUGUGUUGGUGUCCAAGAGGUUGGGAGUAUCAGAAUAACGAAUGCGUGCAACAGGAAAACGAGAACAAGUCCAUCUCGUACAAUCGCCAUUUAUCGGCACGCCCAAUCCCAGGAUGCUACGAAGACAUCUGCAUAUGUCCCUGGGGAUACGAUCACGACCGUACGGAGGAGAUUUGCGUGCCCCGGCCGGGAUUCAACCACGAAACCAUGGGUCCAUCAGGAGUACACUUAUCGUGCAACGUGGUGAACUGGUGUCACCCCUACGCCCAAUGUAUCUACGUGCCGAGCACCGCGCACUAUGAGUGUCGCUGCAACCCCGGGUACGAAGGUGACGGUAUGGACUGCACAAAGACAGAGGUGUCCUGUUUGGACGUGGACAUUUGCGACCCGAACGCGUCUUGCCAGCAGGACGAGUCGCUGGCCAAGUGCGUGUGCAAUCCAGGAUUCGAGGGAGACGGCACCACCUGCAGCCCAAUCGAUGAAUGCGACAACCAAGCGGACUGUCUGGAGAACGAACAGUGCUCGUACAACAUGGCCACCUCGAGGUUCGAGUGCACGUGCAACCCGGGAUUCAGCAUGGUGGACGGACGUUGCGUGGUGUCCGACUGCUCCACGAAUUCGUCGCAGUGCCACGUGAACGCGCAAUGCGUGUCCAGCAGCGAAGGUGGCUACAAGUGCGUGUGCAUCGAAGGGUACAACGGUGACGGGAUCCGUCAAUGCGUCGAGGACCACAUCGGCUGCAACGUGUUGAAUAAUUGCGGCAGGAACGCGGUCUGCGGUUACAAUCAAACCUCCGCGAAUUUCGCCUGCAUCUGCCAGUCGGGCUUUUACGGCGACGGGUUCACGUGCUUGCCCCAGUCCUCUUGCAGACUGGAUCCAACGAUCUGCUCGCCGAACGCGACGUGCGUGGUGGCCGGGGAGAAUCAAUUCGCUUGCGUAUGCAACGAAGGCUUCACCGGAGAUGGGGCCAACUGCAAAUCUAGGCCGAAACACGAGGCGAACUUCCUGCUGGUGAAUCAAGGAAUGGCCACGCUGAGGAUCCCGUUCGCGCCGACACAGGAGAACUCGGGCGGGCCGAUUUACAUAGACUACAUGCAGAUGGCGAUCGCGAUCGACAUCGACUGUACGAACGGGAAGGCUUACUCGAGCGACAUCACCGGUAAUCGAAUAAUCGAGUUAACGUACAACGGAUCGAUGGCAGAGACGUUCUUGCCGAAACUUAGCAGCCCCGAGGGACUGACGGUCGAUUGGGUCUCGAGAAAUAUUUUCUGGACCGACUCGGGCAAAACGACCGUCGAGGUAGCCAAUCUCGAGACGAAGAAGCGGAAGGUGCUCGUUUCCGACGGACUGGUCAAUCCUAGAGGGAUAGCCGUGCACCCCUAUCGUGGAAAGAUAUUUUGGUCCGACUGGAACCGCGCCUCGCCGAAAUUGGAGUGGGCCAACGAGGAUGGCAGCGGUCGUGCAAUCUUCCUUCAAGGGGAUUACGUGAAGCUACCGAAUUCGUUAAGCAUCGAUUGGACGAUGGAUGAGCUGUGUUGGGCGGACGCAGGGACGUUUACGAUAAGUUGCAUGGAGAUCGAUAGCAGAGAGAUCAACGUGGUCGCGAACCAGCUCACCUAUCCGUUUGGUCUGGCGAUAUCGCAGCAGAAUUAUUACUGGACCGAUUGGAAAACCCACAAAAUCGAAGUCGCCAUGAAGAGCACCGGGGACAGGAAGCCGGCCAUAUCGGUACCACCAGGGGCGAACGGUAAAUUAUACGGAAUAGUCGUCGUUCCUGAGUCGUGCCCGAGAGUGACCAACGCCUGUCAGUUCGAGAACGGAAGGUGUAACAAGGACCAGCUGUGCCUGCCGAAUGGUCAGAGCGGCAGGACGUGCGUGUGCGCGGACGACGCGACGGGACCAUGCACCGACACCCAAUAGCGAUGACAUAAUCGGUCAUCGAGGAUUAAGAAGGCGACACGAGACUCCAUCAGCCGAUCGACACGGAGAAGAGCUCGCGUCGCGUCGGGGUCACCCGUUAGAUUACGUGUAAAUUGUAAUAUUACCGCUACUUUCUAUCAUUAGUUCUUAUCGUCCACGCGUUUUCGAGUAACACGAUCUUUUGUAUCUAAUACCGGGCCCGCGGUGUGAAGCUGGCUGUAUCGUGGUCGCGACCCGG